ACAAUGCUGUAUGCAUUUGUGCCUGUUUGAUGUCAGAAGCUCAGAUAUUAUCAGCGAUAUUGGCAAAGACUGAGCUACAGAAUCUGCUGCAUUCACAUCUGCAGUCGCAUGCGAUAAAACCGUACGACAGCCUUCUUCUGCUCGAGACAUCCGAUUGAACAAUCAACGCAGCAGCUAUUAUGCAGUAUAUAAACAUGGCGGUUUACCAACAUGCAUCAGCGCGUAAUGAUCAUCUAUAUAUAGAUGUCAAGUCGUAGAGCAUCUUUUCGGAAGGGAAAAGGGAAAAGUCUUAUUUGUGAUUCAGGUUAUUAUACUACAGGAUUAUACAAAAUAGCUUUUUAGUAUACAAUAUAGCUUAUCUGUAGGCCUAUGCAUUAAAUAAAAUGCCAAGACCGGGCACUGGAGGACACUGAUUGAACUAACCAAGAAUAAAGCAUCAGAAAAAUAUGAGAUACAAGAUCCCAGGGGCUGCCAUGGAUCGUGUUAGCCUACUUUGGCGGUUGAGACGCCGGGCCCGUCGAGGGGCCCUGUGCAUGGCACUGUUCUGUAUGACUAUGGCUCUCCUGUACACCUUUUGCGCUGAAAACAGCAUACCUGUCACAGAUGCCAUUUUUGGGGUUAAGGCGAGAACUCGAGCUCAGCCAAGAACGCACACAAUUGUUAAGGUAUUGCGGGGAACAGGAGGGUCGAAACCCAUGUAUACUGACCCUCAAAAGCUUCCAGGUAUCAUUCCUGGAGAUCCUCAAAAGCCUAUUCCCAUCCUGUCGUCUUCUAACUACUCAAUGGAGAGCAAUACUAAGGACCGCAACCUCAGCGGCAAACAAAGAGACCAUGGGCUAUUUUACUGGCUUCUGGCACGACCGCUGAGACGUGCUUUAGAGACUAUUUUUGGAGGCCGACGGAGAGGAGAUGUGGGUGCCGCAAGUGGGGAUGCUGUUGUUUUUGGCCCUAAUGGAGCACUCAGAGAGGUCUGGAAUGAAGAGAUGUCAAGUAGCAUGCUGGGAAAAAGGCUGAGGAAGGUGGUGCAGAACUUUCAGGCAAUGAAUAAAUAUGGAGUUCGCUACCCUGGACCUGAGAGUGCAGCACGUCGUUCUAAACUCAGUGGCCCUGAACUUCUUUGUCAAAUCAAGGAGAUGGUUCAGAUUGCAACUUUAACACCAGAUAUGGAGCCAUUUUCUGGGUUGCCCUUGGCCUCUCAGUUACCUCUGCGCCAAAUAACUGCUGAUAUUGGCCCGUUCAAGACCUGCGCAGUGGUAUCAUCUGCAGGUUCUCUCAAAAACUCUGGAUUAGGAAAGGAAAUAGAUUCACAUGAUGCAGUGAUGCGGUUCAAUGCUGCACCAACAACAGGCUUUGAGAAAGAUGUGGGCUCUAAAACAACAGUGCGUCUGAUCAAUUCCCAGGUAAUGGCAUCUGAAGAUCACCAUUUCCUCUCCAGUUCUUUGUACAGUGCUGGGAUUUUAGUGAGCUGGGAUCCAGGCCCUUAUUCCUCUGAUCUACGAGAGUGGUUCAACAAGACAGAUUACCCAAUAUUUAAACAGUAUCAGCGAUAUCGGCGCUUACACCCUCAACAGCCAUUUUAUAUUCUGCACCCCCAAAUGGAAUGGCAGCUGUGGCAGCGAAUACAAGACAAUAUGGUGGAGACCAUACAAAAAAACCCACCCUCAUCAGGCUUGUUGGGCACAGUUUUAAUGAUGUCCCUGUGUGAAGUGGUACAUGUGUACGAGUUCCUGCCUUCGCGACGGAAAACUGAGCUGUGCCACUACUACCAGCGCUUCAGUGAUGCAGCCUGCACCCUAGGUGCCUACCACCCUUUACUCUAUGAGAAGAACCUGGUAAAGAGGAUGAACAAGGGGUCUAACCGUGACAUCUACACACAUGGCAGGGUCAUGCUCCCUGGGUUCACAACCUUUAACUGCACCAAUAGUUCCACUUCCAGCACUCUGUCAAAGACAUAAUCUGAGGUUAAACUGAUUUUCUUGGUACACUUUCAUAAUGUAACAGUAAAGCACAUGAUUUAGUCUACAACUGUAACAAGUUCAGUCUGGUCUCUUGAGUGAGAUCAGGAUUUGGUUCACUGGUGGAAAACGAAAACACCCUAACCACUAGUGGUUGCUUACUGAAGGGAACUUAAAUUCACACGGACACA